AUAGCUGACUACUGGGGCAGAAAUGGAAGAGAAAUGCUGAAUUUGUAGACAAACUCUGAAAAUUAUCCAGUUACGAAUAUUCAUAUGUGGCUUGGAAUUGUUUAUGGCGCUUGUGCCAUUAACUUCUGGGGAGAAGGGUUCCAUAGGUAUUAUCUUUCACAUUAUGGUAAAUCGUUGUUUACAGAAUUUCUUGCUGCUUCACAGGUCUCUGAUGCUGUUAAAUUCACAAGAGUAUUUCUUUAAAAGUUAAGAAGCCUGCUUUGUGUGGUAGUCUCUGGAAACACAUCUCAAAGGGUGCUUAUGGAUAAAAGAUGAGAAGAGGGCCAGAGGAUACCCAAAUGAAGCAGAAGUCAAUGGCGAUAAGGAUGGGCAAUUAUGGCAGAUGGAACAAAGUAUCUUUCUCUAAACUGGACUUCAACCACACAGUCGAAGCUGUAUCAGGGUUUUGGGGGGAGGGGCUGAUGCCUGCUUGUUCUUAAAGUGACCUUUAUUCACUGCCCAGUACAUGGAACUCAGCAUUGCCCUGCAUUCUAUACCUUUGUGAUAAUGCUGUAGUCUUUGAAUGCUGCCUUCAGUUCUGCCAAGGAGAGAAAGAUAGAUCAAGCUGGGCUUGGCUUUGUAGGCCAGAUGGGAUUUUUGAUCAUGUUACUCCUGAUGCAGAAAUUACUGCCUGUGCCAGGUCUUCAAAGCCAGCAUGUAAGAUCUGUCCCAGAAGACUUCAUUGCGCCCUUGGAGCUCCAGCAGAAACAGUUUGGCUUAGUGGAUGAUUAUGGCCUUAAACCACGCCACCCCAAGCUCCAGAUACGGAAACAACGUAAGGAGUCAGAAACACUGCACAGAACACAUAAAAGCAAAAGGGACGAACCCAAUUUUGAAGAGUAUUAUUACGAUGACCUCUUUUGA